UUAUCUCUUAAGAAUUAUUCAAAAUUUUACAUUCUCAGCUCUAGUGGCAAUGCCAUCUUGACAACAUCUGUACCUGACACGAUAACCUCCUGGUAUUCAACAGCCUUCUCUGUCAACAAACAUUCCGGAUUGGGCGUCACUGAUGGUGCAACAAAGUUCACCACUUUCCGGCCAUUUUUUAUCAGCCUUAAUCUUCCCUAUUCUGUCAUCAGAGGUGAACAAGUUGUGCUACAGGCCAACGUCUUCAACUACAUGGGACAAGAUCUUGACGUUGUGGUUACUCUGGAGAAAUCAGCAGACUUCAAGGUGAUUUUUAACGAUUCAAACGCACACGUUACACUCAACUCGACCGAGGUUGUGAAACAAAUACAUAUUGAAGCCGGUCAGGCGGGAUCAGUGUUUAUUCCCGUUGUCGCAGACAUCAUUGGCGUUGCUACCAUCACAGUGAAGGCACAAACACAAUUCUCCGCUGAUAGAGUGAAGCGAGAACUGAUCGUAGAAGCUGAAGGAAAAACGAUGCAUUUUAACGUUCCAAUGAUAAUAAAUGAGCACACAUCAGUUAACGUACCACUUAGUUUCCCGCCAACUUUUGUUGCUGAUUCGCAGAAAGUCCAAAUAUCUGCAAUAGGCGAUACAAUGGGGCCCACCAUAAAGAACCUUAAGAGUUUACUAAGAAUGCCAACCGGAUGUGGGGAGCAGACGAUGACCAGUCUUGCACCGGAUGUUUUCGUCUACAAUUAUUUAAAAAAGACAAACAAGUUGACACAAGAUGUUGCAGAAAUGACCUUAGAUUACAUGUAUAAAGGGUACCAACGUGAGCUGACGUUUCAGCGUAAUGAUGGCUCGUUUAGCAUAUGGGGACAAAGGGACCGCAUGGGGAGCAUGUGGUUGACAGCAUUUGUGUUGAAAUCAUUCUAUCAAGCCAGCGAUUACAUAUACGUGUCGGAUUCUGUACUUAUCCGAGCCGCUUCGUGGAUACACCGUUACCAAAAUUACGACGGCUCCUUCCAAUCAAAGGGAAGUGUGCACGCAACAAAUCUCAAGGGAGGAUCGAGCAAUGGAUAUAGCCUCUCGGCUUUUGUGUUGAUAGCUCUUGCUGACGCAGAAUUUGUUCUUCAGGACAAAACCUAUUUCAACUACGCAAAUAUGGUAUCGAAGGCGCGUAGAUAUCUGGAGAAUUUAAUUCUGAGGGACAAAGUCACCGAUGAUUACGACCUAGCUAUAAUAAGCUAUGCCCUGAGUAAAACCGGAAGUAUACACGCUUACAAAGCGUACACUAAACUCGAGAAACUCGCUGUAAAAACUCAAGAUGGAAAAAUGCAUUGGGCCGUGGCACGCAGUCAACCACAUUUAUAUAUAUCGGGCUGGGAGAUGAAUUAUUAUCAGAGUCCACCAUUAGAGAUAGAGGUUGCCUCGUAUGCGUUAUUAUACCUUAUUGACAGCAGGCAGCUUCAGACAGGCUUUCCCAUUCUACAAUGGCUUAUCUCGCAAAGGAACUCUAGGGGUGGAUUUAGAUCCACACAGGACACGGUCCUUGGACUUCAGGCCAUGUCGGAAUAUGGAUCUGUUUUCAAGGAUAUACUUGAUCUCACAAUUGAUGUCGAGUCAGGCAGCUUUCAUAAGAACAUACAUAUAGGCAAAAACGAUGCAAUGGUCCUAAAAUUACUCGAUAUACCAAACACUGCAAUUGCCCAUUCUAACAACAGCUUCAACCACCCACCCGCUGUUUCUCUCCAAGGUCAUGGAACAGGCUCGGCCCUGGUACAGGUGUCUGUAUCAUUCAAUGUAGAGACUGAAGUUUCUCUUCCCGCUUUCAACAUUACAACAACAAUUUUGAGGGAAACAAUCCGGUCAAUUGUUGUGAAAACAUGUGCAAGAUACUUGCCACAGCGUUUCGUCAACCCUGGCAUGGCUGUCAUAGAGAUAGACCUUCCUUCCGGUUUCUCGGCUGAUUUGGAGAGUCCAGAUACGCACCUUGACAAAGUCAGAAAAUCUGAAAUCAGAGACGAGAAAACCGUUGUCCUUUACUAUGAUCAGAUCUUGCCAAACGUAUAUCCACAAACAUGUGCCACUGUAGAACUGAUCAGAACAGAUCUUGUUGCCAAAACCAAACCUGCUGCCAUCCGGGUAUUUGACUACUACGAACCAGAUAAUCGUGCUCUUGUCUUCUUCGAGUCGCAACUGCUGAGGGACUCCUCUUACUGUGACAUUUGUAGUUCUUGUGGAUGUCCAUAAAUAUAUCAGAACUGAUUGUAAGGAUGCAUUCCGGACAACAUUUAUUAGAAGAAUUUGAAACUUUCGCUUUAUUAU